CCGCACCGCCCGCGUGAGGAGAAGCUGACCCGGUCAAGGCUUCUCCGCAUCUCACUUUCGCGCAACGUGACUGAGCUGCUGCAGCCAGAAGCUAGUAGCUGUCUUCCAAGAGGGUUGGAGUGGGAGAUGAUGGUGAUUUCCUCCCUGCUUGGCCCACAGCGAACACCGACUCCCUCCUUCUCGCGGCCCCGGGGCUGCAGACGUAGCAGCUCCUACUUCAGCUGUGAGUACCUGUACCAACAGUAGCUUUCCCAGGAUAUAAUUUGACACUUAACUUGCUAAACUUCAAGCAUGUAAAGAUCUGGUUGGAGUUGGAAGGUGAAAGAAAAUGAAUUCUUUUACUGAUUUACCUGCCAGGAACUUAACCAUGGCGGUCAAUAUGACCAGCACUUUGUCCUCAACAGCAGUGCAUGGAUUUAAUUCCACUAAUGACCUACCUUCCAUGUCAGUAACAAGGCUUUUUCCAGCCUUACUAGAAUGCUUUGGCAUAGUCCUUUGUGGUUACAUAGCAGGAAGGGCCAAUGUCAUAACAUCAACACAGGCCAAAGGACUGGGAAAUUUUGUCUCCAGAUUUGCACUUCCAGCUUUAUUAUUCAAAAACAUGGUUGUACUUAAUUUUUCCAAUGUGGAUUGGUCUUUCCUAUAUAGCAUCUUAAUUGCCAAAGCUUUUGUUUUUGUCAUCGUAUGUGUAUUAACGUUAUUGGUUGCCAGUCCCGAUAGUCGAUUUAGCAAAGCUGGACUAUUCCCUAUUUUCACUACACAAAGUAAUGACUUUGCAUUGGGAUAUCCUAUAGUUGAAGCUUUAUACCAAACUACAUACCCAGAGUAUCUCCAGUACAUUUAUUUGGUGGCACCAAUAUCUCUUAUGAUGUUAAACCCUAUAGGGUUCAUUUUCUGUGAAAUCCAGAAGUGGAAAGACACUCAAAAUGCUUCUCAAAACAAAGUAAAAAUUGUGGGACUUGGACUUCUACAUGUAUUACAGAACCCAAUAGUAUUUAUGGUCUUCAUUGGCAUUGCCUUCAAUUUUAUUCUUGAUCAAAAGGUGCCCGAAUAUAUGGAAAAUUUUCUUGAUGGACUUGCAAAUUCUUUUUCGGGAUCAGCUCUCUUUUAUCUUGGUCUCACAAUGGUAGGAAAAAUAAGGAAACUGAAGAAGUCAGCAUUUGUUGUACUAAUUCUUCUCAUCACAGCUAAACUCCUGGUGCUGCCACUUCUGUGUAGAGAAAUGGUGGAACUCUUGGACAAGAACAACAGUGUAGUGAACCGCACCAGUUUAUCGAAUUAUGCAUUUUUGUAUGGUGUCUUUCCUGUAGCACCGGGAGUGGCUAUCUUUGCAACACAGUUCAACAUGGAAGUAGAGAUUAUAACCUCAGGGAUGGUAAUAAGCACGUUUGUGUCUGCACCCAUCAUGUAUGUUUCUGCCUGGUUACUGACCUUUCCCUCAAUGGAUCCUAAGCCAUUGGCAGAUGCCAUCCAGACUGUUAGUUUUGAUAUAAGUAUUAUCAGCCUGGUUGCCUUGAUCUGGUCUCUGGCUAUUCUUCUUUUGAGUAAGAAAUAUAAACAACUUCCUCAUAUGCUUACAACUAAUUUACUGAUCGCCCAGGCUAUUGUAUGUGCUGGAAUGAUGAUAUGGUAUUUUGUUAAAGAAAAAAACUUUGUUGGACAAAUUCUGGUGUUUGUUCUAUUGUACAGCUCCCUCUAUAGUACCUACCUAUGGACAGGCCUUUUAGCAAUUUCUUUGUUUCUUUUGAAAAAGCGAGAGAGGGUACAAAUUCCUGUUGGAAUCAUCAUCAUAUGUGGCUGGGGAAUUCCUGCUCUUCUUGUUGGUGUUCUUUUGAUAACUGGAAAACAUAAUGGAGAUAGCAUUGACUCAGCCUUCUUCUAUGGAAAAGAGCAGAUGAUCAUCACAUCAGUCACCCUCUUCUGCAGCAUUGUGAUAGCCGGCAUAUCACUCAUGUGUCUGAACCGCACCACCCACGCAGGACGCUAUGAGGGUUUCAACCAGUCUCAGAACCGCAAAGCGACAGAGUCGGGAAACACUGCUUUUGAGGAGAGUCCAGUGCCAAUAAACGAACCCGAACCUUUUACAAGUGCUAUGCCAGAAACAAGUUGCUGCUCCUGCUCCCUGGGAAAUGGUGAAUUACACUGCUCAUCUACAGAGCCAGUAGCAAACAUAAGCGCUAGUGGGCCUGUGACUCCUUCAUUUGAGAAAAAUGAUCACUGUGUGAGUUGCUGUAACUCCCAGAGCUGCAAAUUAGCCCAGGAAGAAGAACAGUAUCUACAGAGUGGAGACCAGCAACUGACUCGACACGUGUUACUCUGUUUACUUCUCAUUAUUGGCCUGUUUGCUAAUCUUUCCAGUUGUUUAUGGUGGCUAUUCAACCAAGAGCCUGGAAGACUGUAUGUCGAGUUACAGUUUUUCUGUGCUGUGUUUAAUUUUGGCCAGGGAUUUAUUUCUUUUGGCAUCUUUGGAUUGGAUAAACAUUUAAUCAUCCUACCUUUCAAAAGAAGACUUGAACUCCUAUGGAACAAUAAAGAAAGAGCAGAAAACGAGGAUUCUCCUGUUCCUGAGGAAAUAAAAACGACCUGUCAACAAUUUAUCCAUUAUCACCGUGACCUCUGUAUCCGAAACAUAGUUAAAGAAAGAAAGUGUGGUGCAAAGACUUCUGCUGGGACCUUCUGUGGCUGUGACCUGGUGAACUGGCUAAUUGAAGUUGGCCUUGCCUCCGACCGUGGUGAAGCUGUGAUUUAUGGCGACAGACUGGUGCAAGGGGGAGUCAUCCAACAUAUCACCAAUGACUAUGAAUUUCGGGAUGAGUACUUGUUUUACAGAUUCCUUCAAAAGAGUCCUGAACAGAGUCCUCCUGUUAUUAAUGCAACCACUCCCCAGCAGGAAAGAUAUAAAGAAAUUGAGCCUUCAUCCCUAUCCCCUAAGACCUAAAUUAUAAAGGACAGAAUUCAACACAGAGUCAAAUUUUAGCCCCAGAUCUGUUACUUAUUAGCUGUGUGACCUUGGGUAAAUCACAACCUCUCUGAGCCUCAGGUGCCUCUUCUGUAAAAUUUUAUGUCUUCCCACCCCAUGCUAACAUUCUUCAUUUUAUGUGAAUGUAAAACAGAGGAAACUGACACAGGAAAAAGAAAAAAAUGAAAUCAAAAUUUAAAGUUUUGAAUGAAUAUAAUCAUUACUAAUUAUUAAUUAUUAAAAACUAAUUAUGCCAACAUUUUAAAACAAUGCUUCCUGCAACUGUUUGCUGUAAUUUCAAAAUCAACAUCCAAUUUACUAUUUCUUUAAAUUGCCAAAUUUUGCAGGUAUAUUGCUGUCAGGACAUAGACCUUAAAUUAUGACAACUUUGAACUUAUUGAUAGCACCUCCGAAAAAAGGAUUUUAGUGAUUCUAAUAAAAGGCCUUCUUUUUCUAUUUUUUCCAUUUUCUUGACAAAUAGUACUCAUUAAAAAUUAGAAGUACUAUUUUUUAAGGUUUACCUUUUCUUGCUUUUCUAUCCAAAGUACUAAUCUGUGCCACUAGGAGAGGAAUAAGAACUUCCAUAAAUCUUAUCAUCUCCAAAAUCCAUCAAUACAAGUGUAGUCUAAUCUUUAACUUUUGUACUAAAAAUAGUAAUUUGAGCAGAUUCACUUAUAUUUUAUCAAUAAAAUUAUGGCCAUGUGAUGUAUCAUUUCUGGUGUUUGCACAAACAUUACAGUGCAGAAGAAUAACCCUAUUACCUUAUUCCUUGCAGUUAAAAAGAAAAUAAAACUAUAACUUCAAGCCAAGAUUUUAAAAUUCUAAGCCUAACAUCCUACUUUUACAUUUAGAAUGUAGUCUUUUUAGUGUCCAUGUAUAAAAAUCUAUAAAUUUAAAAAUUACUAAAUAUUGUCCUCAGAUAAGAUUUAUCUUCUUCAGUAAAUUAAAAAGAGAUCUAUCCACAUGACCUUUGAACCCCACUUAAUUAUUAGAUAUCUGUUUUGGCUUAAUUUAUUUAAAACAUGUUUCAAAUAUUUAUUUAUCUCAUACCUUUAGUUUCUCAUGUAAGUCAUUUAGAAAAUAAUUUAUAGGGUUAAAUUAUUGCCCUUUUAAUACGUAAUUUUUUAAAAUACCUGCAUAGAAGCCUAGUGUAUUUAACAAGUGCAGGCACACCUUGGAGAUAUUGUGGGUUCGGUUCCAGACUGCCGCAAUAAAGCAAAUAUGGCAAUAAAGUGAUUCACUCAAAUUUUUGGUUUCCCAGUGCAUAAGAAAGUUAUGCUUACAAUAUAAUGCAGUCUAAUAAGUGUACAAUAACAUUAUGUCUAAAAAAAUGCACAUACUUUAAUUAAAAUAUACUUUAUUGCUAAAAAUACUAACCAUCAUCUAAACCUUUAGUGAGGCGUAAUCUUUUUGCCAGUGGAGGGCCUUCAAUUUGUAAAAAACGCAGUUAUCUGUGAAGUGCAAUAAAGCAAAGCGCAAUAAAACAAGGUAUGCCUGUAAAUUAUACUUUAGUGUGUAGUAUUAACCUAUACCAAUUUUAAAUUAUGAUUAGGGGAUGGGGAUGUUUUUCAGCCAAACUGUCUUGCUGCAGAACUUUUUUUUUUAAUAUGACCACAAUAUAACUCUCAGAAUGCUCAGGAGUAAGCAUAAAGCCUUGUUGCUGUGUCAAGAGACUUUUAUAGCUACAGCAAUAGACAUAUUCACAUGCAUGCAGGCAACUCAAAUUCAAGUGGAAAAUUCGUUGUUUGUAAACAAGUCAUACUACACAUGUUCUGUUAUUUGCACGAAGAAAAUCAGCAGCAUCGUUUUCCAUGGGAGACAUUAAAAAGAAAAUAUUGGGUCAGAAUGAUCGGUAGUUUCAGAUAAUGAAGGCUUUUAAGAGAUGUUUUUAGGAUUAAGGAUAUGCUAAUUUUAUUAAAUAAAACUAUUUGUAACCUUUACUCUCACUGACAAAGCAAGUUUCUCAAUAAAAUACCUAUUUUAAUUUGCA